AUGACAGACGAGAGACGUGGCCCGUCGGAAAAUGAGAGGCUUGCAAAUGAGAUACAACGAGAGUGGUCUUUCAAGAUAGCGCGAUUCCCCGAAAAUGCCAUGGAAAGACUGGGAAUCGUCAAUCUCCUGCUAAUCGCCUUAGAGGUCUUGCUGAUUGUUUCCAACAAUGUCUUACCUCUGGGCCUUUGGAAAUCGUUUAUUCAUGACUCCUCCCACUACCGCGACAGAUUCAACAAGGCAGUCUUUGACCAAACUGACGGGAGCAUUGAUUUCACCAAGAUCCAAUCCUACCAUCUCUGGAAAGGCCUUGUUGUCCCCAGUCUCAUCGGAGUCUCUGCCUAUGUCAUCACCGCCAUACUCUACUUGCGACCAGAGCUCUACCAGUGGAAGCCAGAUCUUCUUCAACACUAUGGACACUUGGUGGCCGAGUCGCGCUUGGGACGUUGGAUACCCACCAAAUGGCUCAACUAUAUUUUCAAUUUGUACGAACGGAGACACGUGGAGUACAUGUCCAACACCAUCCAGCCCGCUGAUCGCAGACACGUCGCCCUCCAGGAUCGCGUCGAGUUUACGAGAGUGGUGCGCCAGGUUGCCAUCAAUCUACUCAUUUCCAUCUUUGCCAUUUCAUUGAUGUGGAUCGUUCUGCUUCAGGCCGGGGUUGAUACACAACACAUACUUGUACUCCCCAAGUCCUACGUCCCGCCAGUCCAAGGUCUAGUCUGGUAUCUGAUCAACGACAUGUUUUAUUUUUACCCGCACUGGAUCGCUCAUACAAACCCCCACGAACAGAAGAGGCUACAAAUUCCUCAAUCGCUCUACAACAUCCUGCACAAAAAGUUCAAGGAGUCGCACCGUCUACACCACCGAUGCAAAGCCAACAUUGGCAUCGCAGCUUGGUAUUGCUCGGUCGCGGAGCAGAUGAUAUUCAACCUGUUCCCCGCCCUUCUCGGUCCCGUGUUGACGCAGGUGCUCGCCAGGGCAGCCGGCGUCGAGAAGAUCUGGGGCACGCAUCUCGUCACUCUCUACGUGUGGAUCGCAGCCGCAGCGUCCAGCUCGGUCAUGGCUCACAGUGGAUACAGAUCCAUCUGGAACGACCCGGGCAGCCAUGACCUACACCACGAACGGGCGUUUAAUCCCAAGACGGCGUGCAAUUUUGGCACCUUGGGGGUGUUUGACUGGCUGCAUGGCACUGCCGACAAGCUCCCGGCCGAAGAAACGCGCAAGUGGCAAGGUCAACGCGAUCGGCAGGCUGCCCUGAACAAGGCGGCCAAGAGAUCUGGAAUCGAGCUGACAAAGGAGCAGAAAUCGAUCAUUACACAGCCAGUCCAUGACCAGGACUGGGUUCGUAAAGAUGUCUGA